AUGCCGGUAACCUGCGCGUGCACAACACCGCCAUUUCAGAGUAUGGGUGGCGGACGUCUGGAAAUCUGCGUCGACUCGUUUGAAUCUGCCGAGAACGCAAUCCGCGGAGGCGCAGAUCAGCUUGAAGUAUGCAGUGCUCUUUCUUUGGGUGGUUUAACACCUUCUAUAGGUCUGGUUCGUCGCAUCCGAGCUGCUUACCCGAAAAUGCCUCUGUUAGUGAUGCUUCGUCCUCGCGGAGGUGAUUUUGUUUAUACCGACGACGAAAUACUUGUGAUGGAAGAAGAUCUUCGCUGCAUGAGAUUAGCUGGAGCUACCGGAUACGUUUUUGGAGUUCUUGAGAGCGAUGGUACACUAGACAUGGCACGUUGUGAACGUCUCAUACAUCUUGCUCAACCCGCCCCCUGCACGCUUCACAGAGCAUUCGAUCUGACCAAAGACUGGAGAGAAACCAUUGAACAAGCUAUCAAAGCUGGCUUCAAGACCAUUCUUACUAGUGGUCAUGCUCCUUUGGCUAUCGAUGGAACGACUCGUCUCAAGAAAAUCCAUCAAGAAGCCGACGACAGAAUCAACAUUCUUGUCGGCUCUGGGGUAAAUUCGCAGUCGCUGCCUACUUUAUUAGCUGAGACUAAUUGCUCAUGGUUCCAUGGAUCUGCCUCUGUCCCUGUGAAAGCAAAGGCCAAGCGGAACGGCUUCACGUUGGGUUCACAUGACCACGACGUGCAGCGAGUCACUAGUGAAGAAGAAGUCGGCCUCUUGCGAGAUCAGCUGGACAAGUACUUCGGCACUCGGCCAAUACGAACUCCGUACUAUUAAUAACUUCACCAAAAGGUCAACAAAUUCAUAUACUAACUGGUUACUUGUAGCACAUUGCUACUAUCGUGAUAUUGUAGUCCUAUGUACUGAGCAUUUCGGGUUCGGCGAUUUAUUUGUGUAUUUCAGAAAUUCUAUUUAUUUUUGAGACUUGGGUAUUUGUUAUAAACUGGUUGCGUCAUUUGGAGAAGUUUCUCGUUU